UACUCUCCCUGACCUGGGGAUUCCUGGAGCAUGCUUGCCCAGAGCUCUAAAAGUACCCCUCCGCCCACACCACUCCUUACUAUUUUAAAUGCGUGUCUCAAGCCAAAGCUGCUAACGAGGUUGGAGAAACAGGUGAACAGGAAGGCAGUGGUGGCGCUGAAGGAGCUGAGCCAGCAAAUCCAAGAAACUAAAUGCCGGCGGGAAAGGCUGCUGAAGGACACCAGGCAGCUGCUGGAGGAAAAACACCGUGUGCGCGAAAACCAGUUUUUCAUGGACUACCUGCAUCAAAACAGCGAGCGGUGUGAAAAGAAACGGAAGGCGCUGUGGAAGCAAUAUGCCCAGGAGUGUGGCGAGAUAGAGCAAAGGCGACAAGAACUGGCGUCCAGAUACACCCAGAGAAAUGCAGCCCUUCGAACACAGCUCCUGCAGGGCAGAAAGACCCAGGAGGACUUAAGGCAGCAGCUGCAGGCACUGAAGACCGUUUACAUGGUAAAGGAGAGGCAGGACAUGACAAUACAGACCUUGGAGAAGGAGAAAGAGAAAAUCCGAGGUGAGGCAGCGGCCAAGGACCAGGAGGCACACAUCCGGUUCCUUCGGGAAAAGGCCCUGAUGGAGAAGGAGCUGCAAGAGUUGGACUUGAUGGAGCUGGGGCAGAUCAGCACUAAGGGCCUUACGAGGAAGUACAGGGCCUUGGCGCAGGCCUGCAAGCAGGCUCAUUUUGAGUUCUGUGGCAGUCUCCACAGAGAGAACCAGCAGCUAUGGAAGGAGCUCCAGCAACUGAGUCAGGAGUACCGGAGGGUGGAAGCUGUGAGAAUCCGGCUGGAGAAGCAGCAGCAGCUGGUGAAGGAGGAGCAGUGGUAUCUAGAAGCCUUGACCAGAGGGCGGCGGCGGCUGCAGGCAGAACGUGAGCGCUACCGUGCUCAUAAUCCAUGCCUUAAGGAACAGAGUGCUUCGAAGACCAUGCUGAGCACCAAAUCAAGAACAAAUUCAAAGUAACGGCUACCAGAAAGGAUUAAAGAAUUUGAGCACUUGAGAUAAUCUACAAUCCAAAAAGUAUCCUUCGUGGAGAAUGCAAGUGUGUUUUCAGGAAAGGGCAGUUGUGUUAUCGGGCUGUGCUCCUAGCCUGGGACCCACAUUCUGGCGGGCUGCCUCCCUGGGGCUGUUGCGGAUUCCAGAGAUUUAGAACAUUUGGAAAACUUUUUAAAGAGUUGUGCCACAUUUUUAUAGCAGCAUUUGAAAUUCUCAGAUUACUUAGGAAGUGUUAUUUUAGUUCCGACAUACUUAUUUUUUUCUUCAUGUAUACGUUGUAGUCCGCAAAGUGCGGUGUAUAAUUCGGUGCAGUGUAUAAUUCAUAAGUUCUGUGUUUUUUUGACCAUUUGAAACAACUAGGAAUCAUAUUUUCAGCUGUAGGGUUUUGUGGUUGUUGUUUGCUUGCUUGCUGAGGGGUUUGAGUUUAUGAUGGACUAGUCUGGGAGAAUGGCCAUGUAUUUCAGCA